CUUUAAAGGGUUAACAGGAGGAGGCGCAGCAGCGGUCAGCUCGUCUGGGUGGAGUGAAGUUUAGAUAUAAACUACUACAACAAAUUAGCCAAGAGGACUGCAUUAUGGCUGGGGGGAAAAUACCAAGAGAAUAGAAAAACAUCUUCAAAACAGAAUCCCGGUCGCUACAAAGACGUUAUAAACACUGAGCGGAGAUGGGUGAUGUGAGCGAAGAGUCGCUGCUGGAUUAUUUCUACUCCACGGGAGGCAGCUCAGGCAGAGUCAAAAAUGCAGAUUUACUGAAGACAUUUAAGCCCUUUAUUGGCCACAGUGACUUGCAGUUACGUGCUAAAUACAGAGAGGAAUUCAAGCUCAUCAUUGACCGAAUCGCUGUGGUGAAGUCAGAGAAUGGUGAGAAGUAUCUUGUCCUAAAGAAGAAAUACAGACAAAUGCUGCAUGAACGAGACACCAAACAUCACGGGACCGACGCUGAUGGACAGAGCGGUUCGAGCCCGGCCAGAGCUCCGGCGACUGUACAGUGGGACGCGACGGACGCCUCGGCUUCUUCUCAUCCACAACAGGAUGAGCAGACGUCGUGUGGAGGGCCCGACGGCGUUGCAGAGGACCAGCAGACAGGAACAGCCUUCAUGCAGCCCCCUCUACUGCAACUUCCUGUCAUCCAAAUGCAGGGACCCUCGGCACAAAGCAACGGGGACGAUGAGCUGGAUAAAGACUCGGGGUCAAAGUCCGAGUCAGAGCAAGACGAGGAGUCUAUGGGCAGUAUGGGCUCCGCUGCCGUCGCUCUGGAUCCUAUAGAGAAAGAGUGGAUCUACUCGGCUGCAGGUGCUCGAGUCCCUGACCUCUCUCAGCUGCUCAGACAGGACCCCUCGCUGGCAAACAAGAAGGACUUCACCUCGGGGGUAAGUUUUCAUCAUUGUGUAAUUAUAACUCUGAACGCCUACUGUAGCCCGUUGGAACUACUUGCAUUGAAACCGAGUGAAUGAAAAAGUAUUUCAGCUCUGCGUUUCUUGAUCUUUCAUCUGUGAUUGCGUCGCUCACAGUGCGAUACUCGCUCUCGGACUCGCUGCGUUUUGCUUGUGUAACUUUCACAAGCUCAUUCUGCCAAGACCUUUCCCUUAAUAGUAUUCUGAGAAUCCUGUGUUAAAACAUCCAGAUCAUGCAUUUCAAAAGGUCCACUAUCAAAAGGAUUAUGAAAGAUAGCUUUUUAGCUCCUGUGCCCCCCUGACAACCCAAAUCCUUUUAUUUGUCUCCCUGUGCGCUUAAGAGAUUUGAGCUCAUGUUUGUUGUCCCUCCCCUGUGUCACAGUUCUCACACUGUCCUGUGGCCAUGUGCAGACCACCUUCUAAGAGUAGCCCUAAGCCUCUGCCAUCCCCACCCGGACAAGAUAGCACGGCCGCCAUUGAAGUGUAGGGAGAUGCUGGGAAGGGGGGGGGGAUUAAGGAGAGUCUUAAUGCCCCCCAAAGACUUCACCCACUUAAAGAUAAUCUGAAAGUAAUAGAGCAGGCUGGGAUUAAUUGUAGAACAAUGCUGGUUGUGUCUCUGGGAAGGUGCUAAAUCCCCCUCAGGCUUCUUUGAUGUUCCCUUUAACCCUCAGCCUUUCCCCGUUCCGCAAAAGGUGGACGCAUUUCCAAAGAUAACGUACAGAGAUACAGAGAAUCACAAGACUCCUGAGAACCAGUCCUUUAAAACCAGGAGGUAUCAUAUUUGAUCUGCAUAUGUCACAUCCUCACUGUGCUCAACAGAAGUUAAGUGUACCAAAUACCAGGCUCUAGUUCACGUGUUUGACCAGGACUGAAGGGAUUACUCUUCAUCCUGGGAGGACUUAAGUGUUUCCUGUUCUGACCAAAUGUUUAUUUGUUUUAUAGAUAUGCGCUUCAAACGGCCGCUUUAAAACGUGAAGUUGCUUGAAAAGUGAAGACAGUUCGGGACACCUAGAUCUCACCUCACGUAAACACCUCUCACUCCAAAGUCUCACGCUUUUUUUUUUUUCUUCUUCUCUUCCUGCUUCUCGUCGGGACGUGGGCCUCCAUUCCUGCUGUGACUUUCGGACUUCCUCUGCCACACAGUUUACCGCUCUGCACUGGGCUGCUAAACAUGGCAACAAGGACAUGGCCUCUCUGGUGGCUAAUGCAGGCGCUGAUGUCAACACCAAAUCACAUGGGGGAUACACACCUUUACACAUUGCAGCGUUACAUGGUCAUCGGCAUAUUCUAGACCUGCUCAUAGUGACAUAUGGGGCCAAAGAAAAUUUAAGGGACUACAGCGGCCAUCUUGCCUGCCAUUAUCUGAACAUCAAAGAACCAGAGGGUCCAGAGGAAGACUGCGAGCUGCAUUUUCAAGUCACUCAGGCCAGAGAGCGGAACAGGAAUAGGAAGUUGGUAUCGCUGUUUCACUCCAAGAAGAAGUGGGGCUCAGCAGAGGAGCUGGCUCCGAUAGAGGAGGAGAGGACGGCCUCACAUCAGCUCAUCCUUCCUGCAUUCAGACCCAGAAAAUUCUCCCGCUGAGAAAAAAACAGACACAGGGAACGAUUUCUGCUCUCCUACACUCACACAUCCACUUAAUCCUUACAUGCAUAUAUACAGUAGUUACACACAUGAUGUAAACCUACAUGUAUGGAAGCGUUAAUGUGCAUACUUGUUAUGUACACAAACAUCGACACCGCUUACAGACACAAUCCCCCCCCCCCGCGCCUGUUUGCUGAUGCACCCACACAGCUCAUCCCAGUACUGAACACAGAUGCUUUAACAGGGACUAGGAGGUGUUGCAGAUGCUUAUAUGUGUAUUAUCAAUAUUUAUACUGACCAUAAAGUAUUUCUUGAAGCAUUUCAAUUUUUAAAUGAAUGUUGCUAUAUGUCACUAAUGCCUUAAUAAGCUUGGGUCACAUGGAUCCUUUAAGCUUGUCAUCGCCUUUUGAGUUAAAGUGAGCAACAACUGGACUCCAAAAGUGUCCAGAUUCACUUUCAGAGUCUCAGUGUAAAAAAUACGGUUUGAGAGAUUCUGCUUUAAAAGAACCAGACUUAACCUU